AUGUUUGUCACUAUUCUGUUUGGAGACAACAGGAUGGAAAUGUUGAAUCUCAACUGUAAGCUGAUAAACUUCAUCCAUCAUUUAAAGGAGAGGUGCGGUCUGGACUUUAAAGAGUGUGUGGACCUGAUGGACAGCAGUGGUUCACUGAUGAACUUAGAGGCAAAGCAGCACAGUGUGGCUCCGGCCAGCAGCGUGCUGGUAGAGAGACAAUGCUACAUCCCCCUACAAGUCCUCCGAGAUGAUGAUACUGAGGGUCAGAAAUACGUGUCUCUCCUGAACAACUACAGCCAGAAUCAUCCGGAGUUAACAGAGCUGUUGAGGAAACUGUCAAACCCCAACAACAAGGACCAAGACCGAAAGAUGAGAGGAGGACGGACACAGAGGAGCAACCAAACCAGGAGCAAAAACAUCUCUGCAAAGAACAAGAGCCACCACAUUAAAUAGUUUCUGUGAUGACUGAUUCCUAAGUCUGAUUUCUUCAGACACUUUUCUAUAGAAAACCUGAAAAAUGCAUUCACACAUGAAGAGACGUUUCCUGUGUUCAUGC